AUGCCUGUUGGACGAAAACGGUGGAAUCUUCAUGAUGGACCACAAGGCUCAUUGAAACGGUUAAGAAAUCAACUAGCUGAAGAUGGAUGUGCAGAAUCACAAGUAGUGCUUGCUAAACAGCUUCUAGAAGAAAAAUGUGAGCUCGAAGCAGACAAAAUAUCAAACUUUAAACAAGCAUUAGAAUGGUUAAUCUGCGCUACUGAACAGGCGCACCCAGAAGCUAGAAGAAUGUUACGAAGAUGCAUACGCAGUGGGGUAAUCGACGAAGACAGCGCGGCGAUAGUACGGGCCAAGUCUUGCCUCGCCGCCAGUCGUCAGGAGAUCGUCGCCAGGAAAGCCGCCAGGGACCUCUUUGCCAGCUUAUCAAACGGCGAGCAGUAUAUAACGACCGCGCAGUUGGAGCGACGGAUACGCGAGAUAUGCACGACUACCCUCAAAAAAGAUCCCGACGACAGCGACGCUACUGACGAGGAUACACCAGACGAGGCGCGCGCCUUGGACGAGCAGGCUUUGGAGCCGUCGCCACCGGAGGCCGGUGACCGUUUGCAAGCGAACGGCACAAUCCGCACCGCACACUCGACCGAUGACGAUGACACGGAGCCGAUCAACCGCCGAGAAGCGAUCCGAAAUCUGACCGUGGACAACCUCGUCUCCGCCGCCGUGGACUACUGCCAGGGCGAGCUGCCCCUCGUCAGCUACGAGCUGACCCUCACGGGCCCCGGGGUCAAGUCGCUGGACCACAUACCGCUGUUGCACCAGGCCUUCCUCCACCCGGUGGUCUUCGUCCAGGUGCUCUACCUGAAGCUGCUGUACUACUUCGGCGGCUUCUCCUUCCGUCUGUCCAACGUGGAGCUGGCCGUCCUGCUGGCGGCCUACCUAUCUGCCAGCGCAGAGAACCUCUACCAUCUGGUGCCGCUCGCUCUCUACUAUUUCAGCUUCGUUUGCAUGGUCGUAUGCACUUUCAAGAUGCUGCUGGCAAAACGGCAGUUCGUCGACUUCAGAAAGUGGUCCGGUCUCUUCCUGCGGUACAGCGACGGCGGCCUCGAGCCGGACCAGUCGGAGAACCUGUUCGUCAGGAACAACCUCUGCCCCUUCGUCCAGUUCUUCGUGGCGCUGCUGUUGAAUCUGUUCCUAUGCCCGUUCGUCGCGAGCCGCUGGGUGCCCUUCUCCGAGCUGUGCGUCCUCUCCUUCUGUCUGACGUUCCUCACGCUGUUCUCGUUCUGCGCCAACGGCGCUCCCCGUCCGGACCCCCUCGCCCUGCUCUCGUUCGGCAUAAACGUCCUCGCUAAAUAUCCGUACGAGAAGGACACGGUGGUGCACCGGGGCUGGCGUUUCCUCGACCUGCACAUAUCCAACUACCCGUCCUACGUGCUCGGGAACAGCAUCGAGUUCUGCGUGAACUCCAGGGUGUUCCUCUCGCUGCUCAUACCGGCUAUACUGACGCUGAUGGCGCGGAGAAGUAAUUGGCAGGGCUUCUUCAAGUACACUCUGCCGCACUGCGUGACCCUCAGCUGGUUGCAGAUGUUCAUCACGUGCUCCCACGGGUGUACCGCUUACGGCCUAAUAAGGGGCACCCUCGCCCUGGUCUGCUCUUUCCUCUUCCUCCCUCUAUUGGGGGCUAUAACAGUGACCCUGCCGAUAUUCGCCGCUCUCCAGUACGUCACUCUGUCUCGGCUGUUCUACGCCACAUCAAUUCUAGUCGGUUUCGCAACAAGUCUGACGGUGACCUGCCUGUUAGCGAAGUCCGAUGCCACGAAGAGAUUCGUCACGCCGUUCCAGCUCGCCAUCGGUCUAAUCACAUUGAUAUACCUCGGCAACCAACUGAUAGGCGACAUACAAGACGACGGCCUACCUUCAGGCCUCAUAGAGUUAAUAGGCGACGAGAAAUCCAGCAUAAAGAAUUUACUGAAGAACGAAUUCAUAUCGGACUACGAUGACAACAGCUACCACAUAAAUUGGGAGGAUUAUUACAGCCAAUGCAAUUCCCCAUCCUGGACCGAUUCCAACAUGGCCGCCACGCAAAUCAAAUGCGCGGUGUUGGGGGGCGCGCACGUAAAUUGGGAGGGUUAUAUCAGCGAGGUCAAGCUGAAUAGCGUGAAGAACCAAUGGAGCGAUUUCGCCGCCUGGCUGCCGAGCUUUCUCCAGGAAUACUUCAAGUGCUACUACGGCGAGGAAUAUGCGACCCUAUGCCAGAAGGCGCAGCAUCCAAAUUCGGUCGGCGGGUGCGAGUUUGUCAGGACCGUCGCCAGGCAGAGCGGGAAGGUUUGCCACCUGGAUAAUCUGAACGAAUACAGCUACGAAAUCAAACUUACGAUGGAAGCGGGCGGCGGGCUGUUGAAGCGGCACGCUGACGUCACCGUCACGUUGGACCAUUAUUUCAGCAACUACACACGGCUCCUGCGUUCGGACGACAGGAUACGCUUCAGGGGUGUGCUGCUCAACGAUCCCGACGCGUUCGCGAUCGGUUCCAGGGACCUCUUUAUAAGGGGCUACGAGAUAGACUGCGUUGAGUGCAAGGAAGCGCGUGGGAGCAUUGUUGCGCCCAAACCGACAGUCUCCAAACUGUCCAAGCUCCUCCGUACAGUUGUAAACGACUGCGUUGUCUCGGCCAAGUACAUUCUUAACUUCCUUUUGAAUCCGACGGCGCGGACGAGAUGCCCCCGCGACAUCGGCGAGCGACGCACCAUCGGUGCCAACACCGGCCACGGAGGCGGAGACAGCAGUGUCAAACCACCCCCCCCCCCCCCCCCCCCCCCCCCCCGUCAAACACACCACUCGCCUCCCCCUAGUGGCGAAGGCAGAAGACUACGAUUCAGGGAAAACAUAAGGGUGGAGCCAACCGUACGUCGCGCACACCACCCCAACGAAUACCAACGAUCAUCUGAAGCAAUCUCAACGAAGAACAUUACGGAAGUGGCCCCACAAGGCCAUGUAGAAGACCCGGACGACGACGACGCCGACGCCGGCAUUAUAACGCCCCCCCCCCCCCCCCCCCCCCCCCCCCCCCCCACAAGAAGC